AUGGUCCCUCUGCUCACCUACUACUCAAAAGUCGGUCUCGAACUCGGCAAGCUCAUUGUCCACCAGCGCGGCAUGACACCACCCUCCGUCCAGCAAAUGCAAACAUACAUGGAGCCUGCGCUGAACGCUCUCCGCAACCCAGCGUCUCUCUUCAACCGCGUCGCAAGCGAGGCCAGCAACACGUCACCGCAGCACCUGCUCGCCCAGGUCCGCGGCAUGUCCAACGCACAAUGGGCAUCCAUUGGCGUCGUCGCUGCCGAAGUGAUUGGCUUCUUCUCCGUCGGCGAGAUCAUUGGCAGGUUCAAGCUUGUCGGCUACCGGGCGAAGGAGCACAGCGGCGAGCACUAAGCGUGGCAAAGACAACAAGCGAAGCUAUGGAUAUCGACAACCGACUUAAUGGUACCACUUGAGAAACUGAUGCGCAAAUACCGAGCCUGGGGAAGCAUGGAGGUGUACGAUUUGCAUGGGAGUUGAGCCGGGGGCAACACGUAUGGGAGUGGCCCUUACACUGUACUAUUGCACAUACCU